UGUUGUAGCGGUUUAUCCAUUGAGCUCCUUUCCAAACUUUCAGUUGAUAUCAAAUUUGCCUUUGUUUUGUAUUUUACCAAUGAUACAAACUAUGGAGCCUUUGAAAAUGACACGUGGACAGGUCUGGUGGGUGACGUUGUACACGGAGCAGCCGAUAUCAUUGCAGGCGCUUUCAGUGUGACGUCAUCACGUUUUGGAGCUAUAUCCUAUUCCGAGCCUUAUUUUCAAAGUGACUAUGCAAUGGUGACGAGUGCGGACGGUCGUUCGACAUCUAUGUGGGCUUUCCUUAAACCAUUUUCUUUUGAAGUGUGGAUUUGUAUAUUACUUGGAUCAAUCGUUGCUGGCAUAGCUACCUCUGUGUUAGAAUGGCAUAGUCCAUUCGGAUUAAAUCCCAAAGGACGUAAACGAGAAAAAAACUACGGAUUGGGUUCAGGAUUGUUGAUGGUGUGUGUUUUGAUUACGGGUCAUACUGUCAAUGUCAAGGCCCCUAAAAGUUGGCCUGGUAAGGUCAUCCAGAACGUUUGGGCUGGGUUAGCUAUAUUUAUCAUGACAAGCUAUACUGCUAAUUUAGCAGCCUAUUUGGCCGGGCAAUCAGCUGUGAUUCUCAUCUCAAGUAUUUAUGACUCUAAGUUGCUGUCCAAAAAAGUAUCAUUGAUCGAGUCAAGUUCUGUAGAAUUUUUCUUGAACAUUAUUAACCCAGAUUUAAUACGAAAUGUGGGUCAGAAUUAUGUUACCUCUACUGACACUGCUAUAUUUAUGUUGAGAAAUCGUGAAAUAGAUGUCUAUGUUGAUGAUACUCCAUUGUUAGAAUACGCUGUAUCCAGAUUAGAUAAAGACUGCACUGUAAGAUUUGUUGGAAAGGGAUUCGGAUCAGAUGGCUAUGCGUUUGGAUUACCAAAGUUCUCCUGGCUCCAGGUUCCAAUGUCAAAUAAAAUUCUUCAUUAUGUGGAAUCGGGAUAUAUCCAAGACCUAAGCAGAAAAUAUAUUUCCAGACCCAAAUGUGAACACUUCUUUGCGAACAGUCCAUUUCAAUAUAGUUUGGAACAUACGGGUGGUUUGUUCAUCAUUCUACUUAGUGCAGUUGUAUUUAGCAUCUUUUUGUUGCUUGGGGAACAUAUGAUAUACAAAUUUGUGGUUCCUUGGUUACGAAGG